AUGACACCAGAACUCGACAAUUGGAGAUCCAUUGAUCAUCCCGUCUAUGAAGGCCAGCUUGAGGAUACCUUCAGGGGAACAAGACUCCACCUCUCUUUCACGGACUGGUCUCCCCCUAUCGACCUGGGCCGCGGCCACCGAGACGCCGAAGCAUAUGUUGUCGAAUCAGCCGUAUCAGUAAACGACAAUGGGCGAUGGAUUGCCGAUCUCGAUGUCCUCGACUCCCUCAAAAACGGCUACGGGCAAUUCGAUCAUAAGCUCUUCUUCGAAUCCGGCUGUGCACAUUCGCCUUCCUCUAGCGGCGACUGCUGCCACCCAAAAUGCAACGCUGGGAGGAGGGAGACUUUGUGGACAAAGGAAAUCUCCUGCAUUAACUACAAGUUGGGAUGA